CAGUCACUCACUCACUUGGAGAUCACACAAACACCCAAAAGAAAGUUUCAAAGCCAAGCAACAAACAAACAACAGACAAUGUUUGUCAACAAGAAACUUCCUUCUAUCUUCUUCAUCUUUCUGUUAUUGCCGUUACUCUUGCAGUUUUCUUCCGUUAAAGCCGAUCUCCAGUUUAAUUUCUACAAUGAGAGUUGCCCAAGAGCUGAAGAGAUCAUUAAAGAAGAAGUCACCAAGCUAUACAAGCAGCAUGGAAACACAGCUAUUUCAUGGAUCAGAAAUCUCUUCCAUGAUUGCAUGGUUAAGUCGUGUGAUGCAUCACUAUUAUUGGAGUCCAAAUAUGGCAUACUAUCAGAGAAGGCAUCAGACAGGAGUUUCGGGAUGAGAAAUUUCAAGUACAUGGAGACAAUAAAAAAUGCCCUUGAAAGCCAAUGCUCCAUGACUGUUUCUUGUGCUGAUAUUGUUGCUCUUUCUGCUAGAGAUGGCGUUGCCUUGUUAGGAGGGUCACACAUUGAAAUGAAAACAGGGAGAAAGGAUAGCAGAGAAAGUUAUGCCCCAGUGGUAGAUGAAUUCAUCCCCAACCACAAUGACACCAUGGCAUUGGUUCUUUCAAGGUUUCAAUCCAUUGGCAUUGAUGCUGAAGGCACAGUAGCUCUUUUAGGAGCACACUCGGUAGGCAGGGUUCAUUGUGUGAACCUUGUAGACAGGCUCUACCCAACUGUUGAUCCCACCUUGGACCCUGACCAUGCCGAGUACCUCAAACGCCGAUGCCCGUCGCCGGAGCCCGACCCCAAGGCCGUACAAUAUGCUAGAAAUGAUCUCGAAACGCCAAUGGUGCUAGACAAUGUGUAUUACAAGCACUUGUUGGAACACAAGGGACUAUUACUGGUUGAUCAACAAUUGGUUUCGGAUCCUACUACGUUGCCUUUUGUCACGAAAAUGGCUGCUGAUAACGGCUACUUUCAUGACCAAUUUUCACGGGCUUUUCUAUUGCUGUCAGAGAACAAUCCGCUUACUGGAGAUGAGGGAGAGAUAAGAAAGGAUUGUCGCUAUGUGAACAAGGAUUGAAAUUGCUCAUUUAAUUCUCAAGAACUAGGGGACUGCUUGUGAGCAAUGAAAAUUUCACUCUACUAUUUAAGAAGACUGGCUUCUUCUCUUUUUUUUCCUUCUUUUUUUCUUUUUCUGUGUCCAAAGACUAUAGCAUUGCUUGCAAAUUGCUAUAUUUAUGUUAUUAUAAAAGAAUACUUGAAUUAAAAGAUAAUUGUUCCCUUGCAGGAAACAAUUAUUGGAUACUUGAAAAGGUAUUUUCACAAUGAUAUUUCACUUUAAUUGAUUUAAAAUGUGAAAUUCAUGGUAUUAUGUUAAUAUU